AUGGCGCUCACAUACACCACAAUCCCGCUUCAAGUACAAGGCGUGAACCUCCGCCUCUCCACCAUCCACCACCUCACCUCCAACCCGCCCAUCCUGUUCCUCCACGGCUUCGGCUCCUGCAAAGAAGACCUCGCCGACGUCAUCCUGCACCCGGCCCUGCAACACCACGGCUACAUCGCCUUCGACGCCCCCGGCUGCGGCCACACGCAAAGCGACAACCUCUCCGCCACCGACAUCCCCUUCCUCGUCGCCACCGCCACCGCUGUCCUCUCUCACUUCCAAAUCCCCAAAUUCCACCUCAUGGGCCACUCCAUGGGCGGGUUGACCGCGCUCCUCCUCGCCGCCCAAUCCCCCUCCGCCGUCCUCAGCUUCGUCGACAUAAAAGGCAACCUCGCCCCCGAAGACUGCUUCCUCAGCCGCCAAAUCUUCAACUUCCCCUUCGACGACCCGGAGGCGUUCCUGGACGCGUUCAUCGCGCGCACCCGCGAGACGCCAUCCUUCGGGAGCCCGUUGUACGCGAGUACCCUGCGCGCGCGGGUGCAGGCGGGCGCGGUGCGGCCGAUCUUUGAGUCCAUGGUGGGGCUGUCAGAUGGGGAGGAUCUGCUGGGGAUGUUUUUGGGAUUGCAGUGUCCGAAGAUGUUCAUGUUUGGAGAGGAGAAUCGGGGAUUGUCGUAUUUGCCGAGAUUAGAGGGGGAGGGCGUCGAGUUGGCGUUGAUCCCGAAGAGUGGCCAUUUUCCGAUGUAUUCGAAUCCGGUGGAGAUGUGGAGGCGGAUUGAGGGGUUUUUGGAAAGGGUGGGUUAGACUUUUGGGUGGAUUGGAGGGGAUAGAAUAGAAUAGAAUGGAAUAGACUGGUAAUGGAGACUAGAUUGUAUAUGAAAAGGUAGAAGAAAGAGGC